CGAUAUCACUCGGACUGAAACCAGAAUUUGCCAUAGAUGAGGGACCAAAAAUGAUACUAGCCCUAAAGUAAUUGAAGGAUUCUUAAAGCUAUAAAUAGCUGAAAGAUCAGUCAAUGAAAGUAUUACCAAGAAUUAGCAUAAGAGAAAAGAAACGACAUUAAGCUUUCUUCAUCAUGGGUAAAGAAACAAAUGGAGAAAACCAAGAUUCUCAAGCCCAAGCAGAUAUGUGGAAGUAUGUGUUUGGUUUCACAGAAAUGGCUGUGAUUAAAUGUUCCAUUGAGUUGGGAAUUGCUGAGUUCUUGGAAAGCAAUCAAGAACCUGUUAGCCUAAACCAACUAUCUGCUGCACUUGGCUGCUGCUCCUCUUCCCUCUAUCGUAUCCUAAGGUUCUUGAUUAACCGGGGAAUAUUCAAGGAGACAUCAACCAAAAACGGCGAAACCAGCUAUGUUCAAACGCCCCUUUCCCGCCUUCUCCUUAAAGAAGGCAGGAAUAGCAUGGCUGCUUUCGUGCUAUUCGAAAGCAGCCCUAUGAUGCUGGCACCGUGGCAUAAUCUUAGUGCACGUGUUUCGUCAAAGGAGAAUAAUAUGUCCGCAUUUGAUGCUGCACACGGAAAGGAUGUAUGGAAGUACGCGGAAGCUGAUUCUGGAUACAACAACCUCCUAAAUAAUGCGAUGGCUUGCGAUGCAAGGGUGGCCGUAUCGGCGAUUAUCAACGGUUGCCCCGAGAUAUUCGAGGGGAUUAAUACUAUGAUAGAUGUUGGUGGUGGUGAUGGAACAGCUCUUAGAUUAUUGGUGGAGGCUUUUCCAUGGAUUACAGGGAUUAAUUUUGAUCUCCCUCAUGUUGCCUCUGUUGCUCCUCAUUCUAAAGGUGUUUCACAUGUUGGAGGUGACAUGUUUAACUAUGUUCCAAAAGCUGAUGUUGCUUUCCUCAUGUGGGUCUUGCAUGACUGGGGAGAUGAAGAAUGCAUACAAAUCUUAACAAAGUGUAGAGAAGCAAUUCCAAAAGACAAUGGAAAAGUGAUAAUAUUGGAGGCUGUAAUUGGUGAAAAAGAAGAAAUUAAAGGAAAUGAGAAGCUCAAGGAUGUGGCUUUAAUGUUGGACAUGGUGAUGAUGGCUCACACAAGCAAUGGAAAAGAGAGAACUGCAAAAGAAUGGGCUUAUGUUCUAAGUGAAGCUGGAUUCAAGAGACACACUAUCAGUCACAUUAAUGCUGUUCAAUCUGUUAUUCAAGCUUAUCCUUGAUUAUUACUGUAUCGAGAAGCGGAUUCAGAAUUUAAACGUUGUGUGUUCAGUCCUUAAAGUUCGUAAUAUUGAACCUAUUGUAUUUUUAAAAUUAUGAAUUCAAACCUACUGUUUGUUGCAA